AUGGCCAUAUCUUCUUCCAUUGUACUUCUAUUCACGCUUAUAUUAUUUCUCUCGGGCUACGUCCUUCAGCAGAGGACGGUACACAGCCUCCAAGCUGCCAUUAAACCGCGACUACCGAAACCACUGCCCGCGCCGAAGCCCAUCGCUGCGCCUAGUUUGAAUGUCAAGUGGGCAAGACCAAUUGGACAAAGAGUUGGCUCCGAUGCCGAUUUCCACGAAUACAUAGGCCAACAGACGAUAGACUGGAGCCGGCUGGGAUAUGUCCAGGUGGUAAAGGAGCAUGUGGAGCUAUGCAGCGCCAUGAUGGUGUUUGCGGACCUGAAUCGAUUAAGGAGCCCCGCGAAGAGGAUAUUGCUGUUUCCAAGAGCGUGGUUGCAAGAGAAAGAAGGGGAGGCUCCGAGUUCUUCGCUGACGACGAGUCGAAGGCUGCUGAGGGCGGUGGCUCGACGAUACGGGGUUGUGCUGAUGCCCAUGCAGACGAUUGUUGAAGAGGCCGAUGAUUCUCUUCCUUCUUCCUACUCACUUGCGAGCAUAUAUUCGUUGGUGGAGUACGAGCGUGUUAUACAUUUAGCUGCUCCGGGAGUCAUAUUAGACGCAGGUCCCCUUGAUUCUUUACUCGCAUUUUCAAAAUCACAGCCGCUGGCGGCAUUCCCGGCUACAUCAGAGAGGAACGACAUCUCGACAUCGCUCUUCCUGGUCCAUCCAACAGUGAGCGAUUACCGCAAACUACGAGAGCUGCGCGCGACGGAGCCUAUGUCAGACCUCAAUCUCUUCCGCAAGUCCUUUUCAGCCCCGGAGUCGCUACUUUCAACAUGGUCGCUGUCGCUGGGGAACCUCGUCUAUGAGUCGGGGACUCUGCGGGAUGCGAUCGACGGUUUCAAUGCCACCGUCUUCAUCGAGGCGACAGCGUAUGUGCGCCUCUCGGACCCCGAGCUGCCAGGCCCUGAAUACGACGUGCCGUACUACGACCGCGUUCGCCUCCGGCCGCAGAACGAAGAAGCCGGCGCGGUCUGGGCGAAGCUGUACGAGACGUUCAGGGAGCGGCGCAUGGAGAUCUGCGGUCUGGACCUGGAGACGUGGACGACCCCUGUGCUGCAGGCGGAGGAGGCGAGCCAGGAAGAGAUGCCCGAAGAAGAGAAACGACCAGGGAAAGAGCAACAAGCAGAGAAUGAAGAUUUGCAAGUGCAGGACCCGGAGAUGUGAUGAUGCGCGGGGUUGUGGAUAUGGGCGUCGAUGUGGUCUCGAGUAUUGGCUGGAGCAUGGCGCUGGGCGGGCGUUUGAGUGGCCGGCGUCGACAGGAUAGCGCUGUGGCGCAUCCCCACGGCCAGGAUACGGGUCAACGACGAUAUGCCUCUGAUGUACUGUAUUAUACUGUUUGCGCCUCAACUUGCAGCGCAAUUUGCACCCAAUAUGGCGACCCCGUCGUCCGCUGGCUGCGGUGCUGGGCCGCUGCGCUGCUAGAGCACGAAGAAGCUCGCCGCCGCGGUGUGCGCGAGCCGUCGACGCUUCCGGGCGAUGGCGGGCAGCGUCUGGGCAUGG